UAGGCAGGUAACUGGCUAGUCUACCCGGAGCCCCUUCCCUUCCCUGCUCCAGCUCCUGACCGCUCCUAGAAUUGAGUCCAUCCCUCUCCCCUGGCCUUCCAGGGUAAACACCACCCCAGACCCUUCCCUCCCUUUUCCCCGGCCUAAAUCCAGGAGGAUUCUACCCAAGCAUGUUAGGACAGCGAGACCAGGCUGUCCCCGAGUCCGUGAAGAAGGUUGGAGCCGUGCAAAAGUCGAGGGUCAGGGAGCGUGCGCCGGACUGGGGGCGGCGCUGCGUGCUGCCAGGGACACCACUGCUCCUGUGCUGCUACCUGGCUUACCUGGCAUUGGGCACGAGCGUGUUCCAGGCGCUGGAGAGCGGCAGCACACCGGUCUCCGAGGAGGCGCCCCAGCAAGCAAAGUGGGCGCUCCUUCACAACUACACGUGUCUGGACAGCGCGGCGCUGGACUCGUUAAUCCGGGCCAUCAUCUGGGAACACAGGAGAGGAGUCAUCUUCCCCAGCAACACUACCAGCAUGGGCCGAUGGGAACUAGCAGGCUCCUUCUUCUUCUCUGUUUCCACCAUCACAACCAUUGGCUAUGGGAACCUGAGCCCCCAUACAAUGGGUGCCCGCCUCUUCUGCAUCUUCUUCGCCUUCCUGGGAAUCCCUCUCAAUCUUGUGCUGCUCAACAGGCUGGGACGCCUCAUGCUCUCCUGGGUUCAACGUUGGGCCCAGUGGCUGGGUGGGGCCCAGAAGGACCAGAACAGAGCCCGGUGGUUUGUUGGUUCAUGUGCCUUCCUCUCUGGCCUCCUACUCUUUUUCCUGUUGCCUCCACUUCUCUUCACCCACAUGGAAGGCUGGAGCUACGAAGAGGGAUUCUACUACUCCUUCAUCACCCUCAGCACUGUGGGUUUUGGUGACUAUGUGAUAGGGAUGAAUCCAGAUCGGAGGUACCCAGUAUGGUACAAGAAUGUCGUGUCCAUGUGGAUCCUUUUCGGGAUGGCUUGGGUGGCCCUAAUCAUCAAUUUGGUCAUCUCUGUGAUGGAGUGUUCAACAGUCCUGUGCCCAUGCAGCCAAGGAUACCCACGCAGGACAGGGGAUCCACUGACGAUAUCAAGCCCCACAGACCAAAAGUAAUACCUGGAAACAGUGGUGGAAAGCCCACCUGUCAUUGAUAAUGAAUGGAGCAAGGUCUCCUAGGAUUUAGAUUGGAAGGAAUUCUAGAGACGGUCUAAUCCCUUAUUUUACAUAGGGGGAAACUGAGGCCCACAGAGGGGAACUGACUUGCCCUAGGUCUCACAAGAGUAGUAAGAAGCAAAGUCAGAAUUGGAAUUAGGACCCGGGUCUUCUGACUCACCCCCCCCAUAACAGCUCCCUCACCAUCACCACCUACCUACAAGAUGACUCAUUGAAGAGAUCCUCAAUGAACCGUGACCUGUGACCUCUUCCCCUUCCUCCCUGGCUUCCUGCCAGCCCAAUCUCUUGUGUUAGCCGCUCCAGAAAAACAUCCUUUCCAUCACACACCACCCCCACCCCCACCACUUGCAUCAUAGCUCCAUGUAACUCACACCCCAGAGAGUAAAAAUCAGAGGCAGAAAUGGAGGGUCAGAAAGAAAAACCCCACUAUGUGGAAUUUACCCAUGAAGAAAUAAAUGUGUUUGUGUAAGAGAGAUGCCAACUCCUCUCUGGCAGGGAGUCUAACUUCUGUCUUUGAAUCCCCAGUGCCUAUGAGAAUGCCUUAAG